UUGUUUGUUUUGCUGUUCAUCUUUGAAUAUGGCGUUUGCUCUGGAGGUCGGGUGUGCAGCCAGCGGCACUGGGUCGACGCUAUGAUUGGCGUUUUUGCCCGACGAUAGCCAUAGUUUGCUCUCGGUGUGCCUCGACGACGAGUCGUACUCUAGCCUCGCGAUCGUCGUGGUGUUCAACCGUCUCCAAACAACGUGGUCGGAAUACCAUGCUUCGAUGGGACGACAGAUGUCAUGGCGUGCUCCCUGGGUCAGCUGCUUUCUCUGUUGGAUGCUGCUGCAGCAAAGCCGGGCCUGAUGCCCCAGGACUCGCGAGCUGAGUCCGCCUCAGCCGAGUGGAUUCCCAGUCACCAUGGUCUCACCCAUGACGCCACUGUCACCAGUGCUGCUGCCGCCGUUCCCGGACCCGCUGUACGAGCAGCCGCCGUGGCCCCUGGGGACGGUAGGGAGAUGAGGCCGCCUCCCGUGCCCCCACGGGGCCCCAUGUGCACCAAUGGCACCUAUGCCUCGCACCUGCUCGCACCUUGCUCUUCUCCUUCCCCCUCUCUCUCCUCCAGGCCUCUUGCCCAGGAGCGUGCGAACAGCUCCUCGGCCAGCACCGUGGAGGAGCUGCACUGCUCCAUGACCCUGUUGGAGCGCCUUAUCCGCACGAGCAGCAUCUGGUUUCUUCCCGACAUCGGCCGCUCCGGAGCGGUCCACUACUUACAGGGGAAGGAAGUCGGGAACUUCAUAGUGCGCCAGUCGAGCAAGAAAGGCACGCUGGCGCUCUCGGUCAGACUUCCCCUGGAGGUUGGACCGUACAUUGAGCACUACCUGAUCGAGGCGACCCCCGAGGGAAAGCAUCGGCUGGAGGGCUCUGACAACCACUUUGCCUCGGUACCCGUCCUCAUCUGCCACUACUGCCAGUGCUGUGAUGAGCUGCCUGUCCGUCUUGGUCUGCCAUCGGUCCUGAUGCAGCCAUCCACACGUCAGGAGCUGUCGGCUUUCUCCCUCUUAGGACAAGAGUUGUGGGUGUCCAGCCUGCUACGGUCCAACCCGUCCACUCUCGGAUCCACCGGGUCCUCUACCGCGACCAAUCCGCUCACGGACCACAAUGCCAACGUCAAAUCAUCCGCCCCAAAACCGACCGCAGCUACGCCCGUCUCGACCCCCGUGACUUCUCCCACGACCUCUGAACCUCCGGUGGUCCACGCCUCCAUAGCCGUCCGGCCGAGCUUCCUCCCGCUCCAGAACUGCACAAACAGUGGCAUCAAGCCAGUCCCCCUACCGCGGGCUGUUCACCUGCCUGUUCACCAGCCCAUUCACCAGCCGUUUCAGCAGCCUGUUCACCAGCCCUUUCAGCCACCUGUCCACCAGCCCAUUCAGCGAGCCGUUGUUCCGCCGAGUCCAUCCUCAAUCUCUGAAGUCGCCGGCAGAUCAGCGUUCUAUGUCGGUGUCGACACAGACCGCCAUUCAGCGUCGCCGGACACCAAAGAGGUGCCGCGCUGUCUCGCAAACGACAAGGAGACUAAGCAGCUUCCGCGGUGCCUGGUGAGGGAGAAGAAGCCCUCGGUGAGGCGGCGGCGAGUGAGCAUCGCCGAGUCGUCUCCAGAGGCGUACUACUGCAGCAGCCUUGCCGACAAGAUCAGCGACUACGAGGACAUCUGGGGCAAUGCGAACGGAAAGGGUUCUGACACGCCGGGGCAUCUAUCCACCUUCAAGCCGAACCUCGACAAGUCUUCCCCGGAGACGAACGGCGAGCUGUCGCGGCUCUCGGGCAAGGGCUGGAGCGAAGCGAUUCAGCAGAGGUUCGUCUGCCAGUCGACCCAGACCGAAGUCCACGGCGGAUCCCUGCCCGGUGGACUCGGGCAGACGGGAGGAGACGCCACUCCGCCACCGAGUCCGCUCCUCUCCCGAUCUAUGCCGGGCAUUGCGAACGCAGACGGCGAAGAGCAGAACGGUGUCGCGAAGGCAUCCGGUGGACACUUCUCGAGCCCGUUCUACGCAGAACCCGUGGACUCCUUGUUCCCAGGGCUUCCGCUGAACGGAGACCCGUUGCGGAUCGACGAGGACUCGCUGCAUCUGGAGCCGAGACCCGUGCCAAUGAGGCACUCGGAGCCCAACGUGUACACGCUGCAACAGCGCUGUUCCGAUCUCACGUCCACCUUCGAUGAGACGACCUCGUGCAGCACAGACCGUCCGAUCGGCGCAUCCACACCGGCGCUGUGUCGCGGGUCUGCUGAAGGCCGGAGCGGCCGCUCAUGGUCGGUCGAUCCGUCGUGGAAGUGGCUCGGCUCGAGCGACGACGAAGACGACGAGGACUCGGCGAGCAUGGCGGCGGUCGGAGAGUUGGACCCCAAGUUUCCGGCAGAAGAGACGGAUGACUCGGACACCGGGUUUGCUGGUCACGAUCCACCGACGGUGGAGGACCUGAUCGCACUCGCGUCUCCGGACUUGAGAGUGCCUCGCGUGCAUCCCCUGACGGAAGGGAACGUGUUGAGGGCAUCGAAGUACGACAAUCUAAACAACGUCGACGCGGCGUCGCUUCCGCGGAGCGAAGGUUUUACGGCGACGGCGGGUGGAAGUCGGCGUACCACGGGCUGUGGAGGGGGUGAGGAGGAUGCACUGACCGAGUUCUGCGAGCCUUGGGACUCAUUGCGGUGGGAGAGGCUGCUCAGGCUCGUAGACCCGGCGAGGAAGAGCGGGCGGCAGGCAGCGUCAGACUGGAGCCGCAUGAGCGAUGCACCCAAGUCGAAGGUUGAAGACUCGCGGAUGUCCACGGACUCGGUGGAGACAGCUGCCUCAGUCACGAGCGAGGAUGGGGCCAGUGACGUGCUGCUCGCGGAAUGCCCAACGCUGGCCGUGGGCGGGAACCGGUCAAGCGGCUUCCAGGAGUGCCUCAGGAUGCUGCUCGCGUCAAGACGCAUCGGUGGGCAUUGCAAGAAAGAUUCCACAGUUGGUGUCAACGUCAGGAGUUACAUCUUCAAGCUGGUUCAAGAAAGGAACACGACAUUUGCCAUGACCAUAGAGAACUUUAUCCAGUGCACCCGGGAGAGCAACGAGACCUCGCCGACGGUGGUCAUGCGGAAUAUUCGCCAGUUCAUGAGCGGGAUGAAGAACUACCUCCUGAAGCACGGGGAGGGCCAGUUUGAGCAGCUGGUGCAGGAGGAGCAGUUGAAGCUCAAGUCCGACGAAUUCAUGAACAUCGACGCCAUCAUUGAGGUUUCCCUUCACCGCCUGGUCAUAAAGCCCCUGCGCCGCUACCUCUACCAGCUCUUUGUGAACCACUACACGAAAUCUGGAUCUCUAAAACUGCUCUCAGACAACAUCAAGUAUGCCCGUACCAAGUCUCCGCAGGAUCUCGGGAUUAGGGCGGAAUUCGAACCUCCUCGAGGUGUGUCGCUGGAACUCGUCCAGUACUUCCUGCAGAAGUUGCAGAAGUCAUACUCGCCACUCAGGAAGCUUGAGAAUCUUCUUGCUGCCAUCUCUACCAUUUACAACAGCGUUCAAAAGGACAAGAAGACACAGGAGAAGGAGUACUUCUCAUUGGGAGCGGACGACUUCCUGCCCAUCUUCCUACACGUGCUGGUCCAGUGCGGCAUGGUGUCUGCCGAGGUGGAGGCGGACUACAUGUGGGGGCUCCUUCACCCCUCCCUCCUUACGGGCGAGGGGGGCUACUACCUCACCACGCUCAGCAGCGCCGUGCACGUACUCAAAAACCUCGGGGGCGGCGCUUCGUCUCCCGUGUCCUCGCAGAACACCCCGGCUCCACCGUCGCUCACCAGCUCCACGACGUCUGCAAGCAGCGGCGGGAGCUCGGCCGCUUCGAGUGCCCCUGCGGUCCGCGUCGGGGACUGCAAAUGGACCAAGGAGCAAGCUCCGGUGGAGCUGCGUUACCCGCGGGUCGCCGACUUGCAGGGCUUCAUGCAGAUUGUGAUUCCCGACGAGCUGAGCGGGAGCAUUCUUUCGAAGACCUUGCCGGUGAUGCCAAACAUGACCACCAAGGAAGUCUGCAAGAUGAUUGCUCACAAGUUCAAGGUCACAAACCCCGAGGAUUACGGACUCUUCAAGCUAGUCAAGGGUGAAGAAACGCAGCUGGGAGACAAUGAAUGCCCACAGACAAUCAAGGCCGACCUGCUCACGAGCGGCAUCGAGUGCCGCUUUGCUUACAAGCGCUGCGACAUCAAGUUCGUCUGGCCCUUCGCAGAGAAGCCGGCUUGAACUUCAAAGUGCAGCUGUGCACCCCUUUUUGGGACGGACUCGGGGAAAUCGGGACAUUUGCGCGUUUGAGCCUGCUGCAGUCGGAGGCUCGCCGCUGGGUUAAUGGGAAGCGUUGACAUUAGGGGUUUGCCCGAAACGGUCGGGCAACAGCGUGGCCCGUUUCGAUCACCAGGUCGGUCGAUUCGUCUAGAGGUUGUAGUUUUCGCUCUCUUGUCGGUGUGGGCAGUGCAGGUCCCUUUCGCUUCUGUGCGGCGCGAGUGCGAGAAUGGGCCUAGCUUCAUGGUGCCUGGAUUAGUUUGUCGCAUCCUCAAAUGGGAUUUCUCCAUUUCCGCCCGAUCUUUUUUAGCGCUUUAUUCGGUCGGAUCUCCGGGAUCUCGAGGAGCCCUCUGCUUUUUGGCAGGUCUUUGUACACGGCUUGGGAAGAUUAUUUUUUAGAGGUUUAUUACGUGACAAAGCAGAGUAUUACCGGUUGUGUUCCGUAGACAGGCGCACGCCUUAUUUUUCCUGCCGGUCUGUCUGUGCUGGUGACUUGUAAAUAGUGUGUGCCUGCACAGAUGAUUUUGUGACCAUUACUACUGUUGUGCAUGUCUGUGAGUGUGUGCGUGUAGGCAUAUCGAUGUGACAGUCGGUUUGUGCUGAUGUCUUGUACAUAGUUCUGCGAUGUGGGAGGGAUUUAUGUGGCUUGUUUUACGAACGAGGGGCUUUUUAAGGCUGAGAUUUAUAUUCCCUCGCUUCCUCUUAGUGGCCUUGUGGUAACCGUGGUCAAAGUGCUGUGAAUACUCUUCGGAAGAAAUUACUCUUUGCUCUUUGCUUGGUGUAGUGAGAGUUACUGUGAUGCAUUGAACAAAGCCUAUUCUUGCACUGUGAAGCGCUUUUAGAAGCCGAGCCAAUUCGGUGUUUGAGCCCGUCAGAAUUCCCUGCCAGGCAAGGGCGUGUGUUUUACAUGACAAUGGCAACUGCUGCUAGCAGUUUUAUAUGCAACACUUUUGUGUCACAUUACCUGUAGCGCAUACUAUGACAGUCAAACCUUAUUUCUGACUGCUUUCGCAGGCACAUUUUGUUCUGCAGUUUUGGAAAGUGGUAAGGAAGACAACUCGUGUACCUUGAGAGCCGAUCAGCAGACUCUGUGUUUAAUGUCGAUUUUAAUUGCAUGAUUUUUUCUGGUUCUCUGAUGUUAUAUAUAUAUUUUUUUUUUAUGAAGCCAUACUUGAUUCUUUAGGUGCACAAUAACUGUGCAUGCAAUAUGCACUGACCAAAUUAUCAUCUUUGGUAUAGUAGUUUUGCGACUUUAGUGGGAUAGGAGCGUAACAGGAUAAUUUCCACUGCAAGAAUAAAUUAUGUUAAUUUGGUUUUUGGAGUUUUGUCAAGCUAUAACUAUAGAAUAGGAGGUUGACCGUGCGAAAGUAUACACAAUCUAUUCUCGUGCAUGCCAAGAGGAGACAACGAAGGUUGGGUGUCUUGAAUAAGGGGGGCCGAGUGCACAUUCCAUAACUGCCAUAUGAAAAGACCACUUAUGGAGGUGCCAUUGUGCAGUACCUUCGCUAGAAAUGAAUAAAGCCAUCUGCAGGGUUUCAAAA